AUGAAUAUGCCCAACGGACGCCCCAAGUGGCUAAUGCUGUACGCAGCUGUUGCCCUCAUUGCUUUGACCAGCCAGAGCUCAACUGCCAAUUCCCCAGAUGCCGACCAGAAAGGUCCUGUCUUCCUUAAGGAACCGACCAACCGCAUUGACUUCUCAAACUCAACGGGCGCCGAGAUCGAAUGCAAAUCCAGCGGAAACCCCAUGCCAGAGAUUAUUUGGAUCCGGAGCGAUGGCACCGCCGUGGGAGACGUUCCCGGUCUGCGUCAGAUCUCAUCCGAUGGCAAGCUGGUCUUCCCGCCAUUCCGUGCCGAGGAUUACCGCCAGGAAGUGCACGCCCAGGUCUAUGCCUGUCUGGCCCGUAACCAGUUUGGAUCCAUCAUUUCCCGGGAUGUGCAUGUGCGAGCCGUGGUUGCCCAGUACUACGAGGCGGAUGUGAACAAGGAGCACGUAAUCCGGGGCAACUCGGCGGUCAUCAAGUGCCUGAUACCCUCGUUCGUGGCCGAUUUCGUUGAGGUGGUAUCCUGGCACGCCGACGAGGAGGAGACCUACUUUCCGGGGACGGAAUACGACGGUAAAUAUCUCGUACUGCCUUCUGGAGAGCUGCACAUCCGUGAAGUUGGACCCGAGGAUGGAUACAAGAGCUAUCAAUGCCGAACCAAGCAUCGAUUGACAGGAGAGACGAGAUUGAGUGCCACAAAGGGACGAUUGGUCAUCACAGAACCCAUCAGCAGUAGUCCGCCAAAGAUAAACGCUCUGACCUAUAAGCCCAAUGUGGUGGAUUCCACAGCCACCACCGCUAUACUCUGUCCAGCGCAGGGUUAUCCAGCUCCCAGCUUCAGAUGGUACAAGUUCAUCGAAGGCACUACCCGCAAGCAGGCAGUAGUUUUGAAUGAUCGCGUAAAACAGGUUUCCGGCACUCUCAUCAUCAAGGACGCCGUGGUAGAGGACUCCGGCAAGUACCUGUGCGUGGUCAACAACUCUGUGGGUGGCGAGAGCGUUGAGACCGUGCUCACAGUCACUGCUCCAUUGUCCGCCAAGAUUGAUCCCCCCACUCAGACGGUUGACUUUGGACGCCCUGCGGUAUUCACCUGCCAGUACACUGGAAAUCCCAUCAAGACUGUUAGCUGGAUGAAGGACGGAAAGGCCAUUGGUCACAGCGAACCUGUGCUGCGUAUUGAAUCCGUAAAGAAGGAGGAUAAGGGCAUGUAUCAGUGCUUCGUAAGGAAUGACCAGGAAUCGGCGGAGGCCAGUGCUGAGCUGAAGCUUGGCGGUCGCUUCGACCCACCCGUCAUCCGACAGGCCUUCCAGGAAGAAACCAUGGAGCCAGGACCAAGUGUGUUCCUCAAGUGCGUCGCCGGAGGCAACCCCACACCUGAAAUUUCCUGGGAACUCGAUGGCAAGAAGAUAGCCAACAACGAUCGCUAUCAGGUUGGACAGUAUGUGACGGUCAACGGCGAUGUGGUUUCCUAUCUGAAUAUUACCUCGGUUCAUGCUAACGAUGGUGGUCUGUACAAGUGCAUUGCCAAGAGCAAGGUGGGUGUGGCUGAUCACUCUGCCAAGUUGAAUGUCUACGGUCUGCCCUACAUCCGGCAAAUGGAGAAAAAGGCCAUUGUGGCAGGCGAGACUCUGAUAGUAACCUGUCCAGUUGCCGGCUAUCCCAUCGAUUCGAUUGUUUGGGAGCGAGAUAACCGUGCCCUGCCCAUCAACCGCAAACAAAAGGUCUUCCCCAAUGGAACACUGAUCAUUGAGAACGUUGAGCGCAACUCGGACCAGGCAACGUACACGUGCGUGGCCAAGAACCAGGAGGGAUACUCUGCCCGCGGCUCUCUGGAAGUUCAAGUCAUGGUGCCGCCCCAGGUUCUGCCCUUUAGUUUCGGAGAAUCCGCCGCCGAUGUGGGCGACAUAGCCAGUGCCAAUUGUGUGGUGCCUAAGGGAGAUCUGCCCCUGGAGAUUCGCUGGUCCCUCAAUGCAGCCCUAAUUGUGAACGGGGAGAAUGGUUUCACCCUGGUGCGUCUGAAUAAGCGCACGAGUCUGCUGAACAUUGAUUCACUGAAUGCCUUCCAUCGCGGCGUCUACAAGUGCAUAGCAACGAAUGAGGCCGGCUCCAGUGAAUAUAUAGCCGAGUUGCAAGUCAACGUACCACCAAGAUGGAUCCUCGAGCCCACCGACAAAGCCUUCGCCCAGGGUUCCGAUGCCAAGGUUGAGUGCAAAGCUGAUGGUUUCCCCAAGCCUCAGGUCACAUGGAAGAAAGCAGUUGGUGAUACCCCUGGAGAGUACAAGGAUCUGAAGAAGAGCGACAACAUUCGCGUCGAGGAGGGCACUUUGCACAUUGACAACAUCCAGAAGACCAAUGAGGGCUACUAUCUGUGCGAGGCAAUCAAUGGCAUCGGCUCCGGACUGUCGGCAGUAAUUAUGAUCAGCGUCCAGGCCCCACCAGAGUUCACCGAGAAGCUACGCAACCAAACCGCCCGACGAGGAGAACCUGCAGUGCUGCAGUGCGAGGCGAAGGGCGAGAAGCCCAUUGGCAUUUUAUGGAACAUGAACAACAUGCGCCUGGACCCCAAGAAUGACAACCGAUACACCAUUCGUGAGGAGAUCCUCUCCACUGGAGUUAUGUCUAGUCUGUCCAUUAAGCGCACUGAAAGAUCCGAUUCCGCUCUGUUCACCUGUGUGGCCACCAAUGCCUUUGGUUCCGACGAUGCCAGCAUAAAUAUGAUUGUCCAGGAAGUGCCCGAGAUGCCCUACGCCCUGAAGGUCCUCGACAAGUCCGGACGCUCUGUGCAGCUCAGUUGGGCCCAGCCCUACGAUGGCAACUCUCCCCUGGACCGCUACAUCAUCGAGUUCAAGCGAUCCCGCGCCUCCUGGACCGAAAUCGACCGCGUCAUCGUGCCUGGACACACUACCGAAGCUCAAGUUCAGAAGCUCAGCCCUGCCACCACCUACAACAUUCGCAUUGUGGCCGAGAACGCCAUCGGCACCUCGCAGUCCUCAGAAGCGGUCACCAUCAUCACAGCCGAAGAAGCGCCCUCUGGCAAACCACAGAACAUCAAGGUGGAGCCCGUGAACCAGACCACCAUGCGCGUCACCUGGAAGCCUCCAGCACGCACCGAAUGGAACGGCGAGAUUCUGGGCUACUACGUCGGCUACAAGCUCUCCAACACCAACUCUUCGUACGUCUUUGAAACCAUUAACUUUAUCACCGAGGAGGGCAAGGAGCACAACUUGGAGCUGCAGAACCUGCGAGUCUAUACCCAGUACUCGGUUGUGAUCCAAGCCUUCAACAAGAUCGGAGCCGGACCUCUGAGCGAGGAAGAGAAGCAGUUUACCGCCGAAGGAACACCCAGCCAACCGCCCAGCGACACUGCCUGCACCACUCUGACCUCCCAGACCAUUCGAGUCAGCUGGGUGAGCCCGCCCCUGGAGUCUGCCAAUGGAGUGAUUAAGACCUACAAGGUUGUCUAUGCCCCCAGCGACGAGUGGUAUGACGAGACCAAGCGCCACUACAAAAAGACUGCCUCCUCCGACACCGUUCUUCAUGGCCUGAAGAAGUACACCAACUACACAAUGCAAGUGCUGGCCACCACAGCCGGAGGCGAUGGAGUCCGCAGCGUUCCCAUUCACUGCCAAACUGAACCCGAUGUUCCCGAAGCACCCACCGAUGUCAAGGCUCUGGUAAUGGGCAAUGCCGCCAUCCUGGUCUCCUGGAGGCCGCCAGCACAGCCCAACGGUAUCAUCACCCAGUACACAGUAUACUCAAAGGCCGAGGGAGCCGAGACCGAGACCAAGACCCAAAAGGUGCCACACUAUCAGAUGAGCUUCGAGGCCACCGAACUGGAGAAGAACAAGCCUUACGAAUUCUGGGUGACUGCCAGCACCACCAUCGGCGAGGGACAGCAGUCCAAGAGUAUUGUGGCCAUGCCCAGUGACCAGGUUCCCGCCAAGAUUGCCUCCUUUGACGACACCUUCACUGCCACCUUCAAGGAGGACGCCAAGAUGCCUUGCCUGGCCGUUGGAGCUCCACAGCCGGAAAUAACCUGGAAGAUCAAGGGCGUGGAGUUCAGUGCCAACGAUCGCAUGCGUGUCCUUCCUGAUGGAUCUCUGCUAAUCAAGUCGGUGAAUCGCCAGGACGCCGGUGACUAUUCCUGCCACGCUGAGAACUCAAUAGCCAAGGACUCGAUCACACACAAACUUAUUGUGCUGGCUCCGCCCCAGUCACCACACGUCACACUCUCGGCCACCACCACCGAUGCUCUGACCGUUAAGCUGAAGCCCCAUGAAGGAGACACUGCUCCUCUGCACGGAUACACUCUGCACUACAAGCCAGAAUUUGGAGAAUGGGAAACGGCCGAGGUAUCCGUUGACUCGCAGAAGCACAACAUUGAGGGUCUGCUGUGCGGUUCCCGCUAUCAAGUUUAUGCCACAGGAUUCAACAACAUUGGCGCCGGCGAAGCUUCUGAUAUUCUGAACACCCGCACCAAGGGCCAGAAGCCCAAGCUCCCUGAAAAGCCACGUUUCAUCGAGGUCUCCUCCAACUCCGUGUCGCUGCACUUUAAGGCCUGGAAAGAUGGCGGAUGCCCCAUGUCCCACUUUGUGGUAGAGAGCAAGAAACGUGACCAAAUCGAGUGGAACCAGAUCUCCAACAACGUGAAGCCCGACAACAACUAUGUGGUCUUGGAUUUGGAACCCGCCACCUGGUACAAUCUUCGAAUCACCGCUCACAACUCGGCUGGCUUUACUGUAGCCGAAUACGACUUUGCCACACUAACCGUCACCGGAGGCACUAUCGCACCCUCGCGAGAUUUACCCGAAUUAAGCGCCGAGGACACGAUCCGCAUUAUCCUCUCGAACCUAAAUUUAGUUGUGCCCGUCGUGGCGGCUCUGCUCGUCAUAAUCAUAGCGAUAAUUGUUAUUUGUAUACUGCGUAGCAAGGGCAAUCACCACAAAGACGAUGUAGUUUACAAUCAGACAAUGGGACCCGGCGCCACCCUGGACAAGCGUCGCCCGGACCUGCGUGACGAGCUCGGCUACAUCGCUCCGCCCAACAGGAAGCUGCCCCCGGUGCCCGGCUCCAACUACAACACCUGCGACAGGAUUAAGCGAGGUCGCGGUGGCCUGCGCUCGAACCACUCCACCUGGGAUCCCCGCCGCAAUCCCAACCUGUACGAGGAGCUGAAGGCACCGCCAGUGCCCAUGCACGGCAACCACUACAGUCACGCCCACGGCAACGCUGAGUGCCACUACAGGCAUCCAGGCAUGGAAGAUGAAAUCUGCCCCUAUGCAACGUUCCAUCUGCUCGGAUUCCGCGAGGAAAUGGAUCCCACAAAGGCCAUGAACUUCCAGACCUUCCCGCACCAAAACGGACACGCUGGUCCCGUUCCCGGCCAUGCUGGCACCAUGCUCCCGCCCGGACACCCCGGCCAUGUGCACUCCCGCUCCGGAUCACAGUCAAUGCCGCGGGCCAAUCGUUACCAGCGCAAGAACAGCCAGGGUGGACAGUCCUCCAUCUAUACACCAGCCCCCGAGUACGACGAUCCCGCCAAUUGUGCCGAAGAGGAUCAAUACCGCCGAUACACCCGCGUCAACUCCCAGGGCGGCAGCCUUUACUCCGGACCCGGUCCGGAAUACGAUGAUCCCAACUGUGCCCCAGAGGAGGAUCAGUACGGAUCUCAAUAUGGAGGUCCCUAUGGACAGCCCUACGACCACUAUGGCUCACGCGGAUCUAUGGGCCGACGCAGCAUUGGAUCUGCUCGGAACCCUGGCAAUGGCUCCCCGGAGCCACCACCACCGCCGCCACGGAACCAUGACAUGAGCAACUCCUCAUUCAACGACUCCAAGGAGAGUAACGAGAUCUCAGAGGCAGAGUGCGAUCGCGAUCACGGACCACGCGGUAACUACGGAGCAGUGAAGCGAUCCCCACAACCGAAAGAUCAGCGCACCACCGAAGAGAUGCGUAAACUGAUUGAAAGAAACGAAGCCGGCCCAAAACAACUCCAACUCCAACAAACAAAUGGCGCAGGAUUCACAGCCUACGAUACUAUGGCAGUGUAAUUUGUAAGCCCCUCCAGCAUCCGCCGGGCGAGGCAGCUUAGCUUAGUGUUCCAAGAGCAUGGGGUGCGUGGGAGUUGAAUGACACUCAGACACAGGUACACACAGGUACACACUCAGACAGAUCAUCAGGACACACACACAGUACACACGGAGGACGGAGCGAAUAGCGCCCAUAUAGCGCAUAUACACAUACGAUUAUCCAACUACUUCAAGUAAUUAUUACGUAAAGAAUGCCACUUUGAAAGCAUAUUUACACGGUCUAUGCAAGCAGCAAACCAAACAUACAUACAAUAUACUAUAUAAUUGCAUUCAGAUAUGAAUACCUACUAUAUAAGUGUGUACUAAGGGAAAUUAUUGAAAGCUAUACGAGAAAUUAAACCGACUUACGGCGCGAGAAAAAGUGAAGGAAAAAUCGUAAAUGAAAACAGAAAUCAGAACAAAAAACAUACUUAUAUAUAUAUAAUAUAUUCAACUACGAAUAUUCGAAACUAAUUUUUAAUAAUGUAUUUUAGUUUUAAGAGAUACCUACCAAAAUAUCAGAGGAGACAGCAACUAUGUAUGGAGUACUCUUUGUGUGUAAAGAGAGAAGGUCGAUUUCGAACUCUGUUUGUGUAAACUUUUUGCCAUCUAUGCCAGGAGCAGAUAACUCAUCCUUUGCCUAGACUAAGUCGGAGUCAUAAUAUUAACUCGUCUAAUUGAUAUAUACUAUAUAUAUUUAGUCAAAUACGCAUUGUAUAAUUUCUACCCGUUUGGGUGGACAGCGCACAUUUGACGUUUCGUUUGCGUUUUGCGUUGAUUUUUGUGAUGAUUUGUAAUUUGUAGAAUUGUGUGAGUCAUAUUUGUAUUCGUCUUAUUCUAUUCUAUUCUGCAAACACACACCAUGGUGUUUUAUUUUAAUUUUACUUUAAUUUUUAAUUCGAAAAUGCGCUUCCACGAGAUCGAACCGAGAGAACUGUUCAAAGCACAAAUCGCAGCCACAUUUAAAUGUAUUAUACAAGAUCCCCAGGACAUCCAAAGGCCACACAAUACACAGUUGCACAAUGUUGUUUUUAGAGACCAAUUCUGAUAUUGGAACAUGAGUUAUACGCAUUUGAAGCUUUAAGAGAACUUGAAAUUUGACUUUGUUUAUUUCAUAUUCAUUUGACCUACCUUAAGUUUGUUAGUUUGUAAGUUGCUAAAUAUAUGAUUUUGAUUUUAUUUAA